GCAAAUGUUCCGGGCGCUUUGUUUCCUGUAACUUGAAUGAAAAGUCAGAUACGAUCUCGAUCGAAAUUUUGUCUCAAAGGUAACAUGGCGGCGUGCACGUGUCGUCUGCAACUCUUCGCUGGAAUCGCGUGUCGGACGUCUAACAGUUACCGGUUCGCGACUCUUGAACAAUUCACGGUAUCAUCGAAGGUAACACAAUCAAUACUCCGGGGGAAAAAUGCGUGGUAAUGGACGGGUGUUGCUCGGCGAAGAGAAGCCAUAAAGAAUGGCGACGAAUAGCGAAAAAGGAGCGUCGUAAACGUCUACGUCGCAAAGCAGCCGCUGAGCGGGAUGCGGAUGCGGAACAACUGAGGGCAGCACUGGAGAAAAACGCGGACUAUUUGAACUGGCUCGAAAAAUGUGAGAUUGACGAGGAGGAAAAAGAAAGGAUAGAGAAGGAGGAGCAUGAGCAACGAGAGCAGCUUUGGUUAGAAGAGGAGGUGAAAGCUCAAAAAGAAUGGCAAAUACUACAAGAACGCAAGCAAAAGGCUCGACAGAUACAAUUGGAACAGGAAACAAAAAUCCGACAGGAGUUCGAAGCGAAACAGGAAGUGAUUCGUAAGAAACAGGAAGAGGAGAAGCGAAGGAGAGAUGAAGAUAUCAAGAAACGGGAACUGUUGUUGAAGGAGAUCGAUGAUUACAUCGACAAUGGGAUCAAGACACCGGAAGCUUUACGCGAAGUCAUCGACAGUCAACCUGGAAAAGAACUUUGCCCGUUUUUCACGAAAACAGGCGCCUGCAGAUACGGCGACACUUGUUCGAGAAAUCACCGGAGAGUAUGCUUGAGCAAAGUGAUACUUGUACCUGGAUUUUACACUCAUUUCUCCCUGGAAAAGAAUUCCGCUGAGUACGACACGGACGUCGCCCUCGAAUUCGAGAGUUCGGAAACACGACAACAUUUUCGUGAAUUUUACAAAGACGUUGUGCCGGAACUCGAGUCCUUUGGAAGAAUAAAAACGCUCAAGUACUGCUGCAACACCGAGAUCCAUUUACGUGGGAAUCUGUACGUUGAAUACUAUACCGAAAGAGAGGCAGCCAGGGCGCUGAGAAAGCUGAAAGGUCGUUGGUACGCUGGCCGGCAGCUUAAUUGCGAGUUUGCCAAUCUGAAAUCCUGGAGAAGCGCUGUCUGCGGUAUGGCAAAAUGCCCGAAGGGGAGAGCGUGCAAUUUUCUGCAUACCUUCAGAAAUCCGCACGACGAGUACGACAUUAAAAGUCCACCUAGGUGGGCAAAGUCAUCGAUUUCCUCUUCCCAAGAUGUAACGACCAGCAAAAGAACCGAACACAGGAAUAAAUCGAAAUGGGAGUGCGGCAGCGAGGCAGACGAUGCGAAACAUUGGAGGUGGUCUGAAUCGCCUGAACUGGAACCGGAUCAAUACUCGCGGAAAACUGAUAAACGCCACCGAAAAAGAUUCACGCGCGAUAAACGGUACGAUCAGUCUGACAGAGAUAAAACCACGGAUAACGACGAAACACCGAUCAAACGUCGCCGAUCGAGUUCCAGAAAGCGUUUAGAAGAGAGAAUUAAAGACGACGACGUUUCGAAUGGCCGUGAAUCGUGUAGGAGAUACUCGAGGAAAUACGAAAGAGGGAGAGAGCAUGAUAAUGAUCAAGAGGAAUCGAGAUCGCCGAGGUAUUCUCGUAAAAAAAAUUACCGUUCGACAAGUCAUAGAUACUCGAAUAAAUACUGCAGGCAAGAAAGGGAUAAUCACGAAAAAGGUAAGCGUAAAUCGUCGAGUCGUCGUAGUUAUUCCGAAGACUCUUCGAGAAGAAAGUCCAAGGAGAGACCGGAUACGGUUGAUUCGGAUGAAACAGGCCACGUGAAACGUACGUCGCGUAUAAAGUCGAAAUGGGACAAAGACGAACAAAAUGAUUCCGAUAGCACCGAGGAGUCAUCUGGUUCUGAUUCGUCCAGUAGCGCCAACGACAAACGAACCGAAAAGUCGGAAUUGUUGGAAAAAGCCUGUAAACGAAACUCCGACGAUGAAUGGGCUACGACGGACUCGGAAAGCGAAUCAAUAAUCAAAGUGAAACAAUAA